AUGGAGCUAGACCGCUGGUCUCAGGAGGACAUGCUGACUCUGCUGGAGUGCAUGAAGAAUAACCUGCCCUCCAACGACGGGAGCAAGUUCAAAACCACCGAGUCCCACCUGGAUUGGGAGAAAGUGGCUUUCAAGGACUUCUCGGGGGAGAUGUGCAAGAUGAAGUGGAUGGAGAUUUCUAACGAGGUGAGGAAGUUUCGGACCCUCACGGAGCUCAUUAUGGACGCCGAAGAGCACGUGAAGAAUCCUUACAAGGGCAAAAAGCUCAAGAAACACCCCGACUUCCCCAAGAAGCCCCUGACUCCCUAUUUCCGCUUCUUCAUGGAGAAGCGGGCCAAAUAUGCCAAGCUUCACCCCGAAAUGAGCAACCUGGAUCUCACCAAGAUCCUGUCCAAGAAAUACAAGGAGCUUCCCGAGAAGAAAAAGAUGAAAUACAUCCAGGACUUCCAGCGAGAGAAGCAGGAGUUUGAGAGGAACCUGGCAAGGUUCAGGGAAGAUCACCCGGAUCUCAUCCAGAACGCCAAGAAAUCCGACGUCCCUGAAAAACCCAAGACCCCCCAGCAGCUGUGGUACAACCACGAGAAGAAGAUCUACUUGAAAGUGCGUCCAGAUGCCACCACGAAGGAGGUGAAAGAGUCGCUGGGCAAGCAGUGGUCUCAACUCUCGGAUAAAAAGAGGCUGAAAUGGAUUCAUAAGGCCCUGGAACAGCGGAAGGAGUACGAGGAGAUCAUGCGUGACUACAUCCAGAAGCACCCCGAGCUGAACAUCAGCGAGGAGGGCAUCACCCGCUCCACCCUCACCAAGGCCGAGCGCCAGCUCAAGGACAAGUUUGAUGGACGACCCACAAAGCCACCUCCGAAUAGCUACUCCCUGUACUGUGCAGAGCUGAUGGCCAACAUGAAAGACGUGCCCAGCACGGAACGGAUGGUGCUGUGCAGCCAGCAGUGGAAACUGCUCUCCCAGAAGGAAAAGGAUGCGUACCACAAAAAAUGUGAUCAGAAAAAGAAAGACUACGAGAUUGAGCUGCUCCGCUUCCUGGAGAGCCUGCCUGAGGAGGAGCAGCAGCGGGUGCUAGGCGAGGAGAAGAUGCUGGGCAGCAAUCGGAAAGGGGCGACAAGUCCUGCGUCCAAAAAGUCCUCACCAGAGACCGGCAAGGCCAGCUCAGAGAAGCCCAAACGGCCCAUCUCCGCCAUGUUCAUCUUCUCGGAGGAGAAGCGGAAGCAGCUGCAGGAGGAGCGGCCGGAGCUGUCGGAGAGCGAGCUGACCCGGCUCCUGGCCCGCAUGUGGAAUGACCUCUCCGAGAAGAAGAAGGCCAAGUACAAAGCGCGGGAGGCGGCAAUGAAGGCGCAGUCGGAGAAGAAGCACGGCUCAGAUAAAGAGGAGCGCGGGAAGCUGCCUGAGUCCCCCAAGACGGCUGAGGAGAUCUGGCAACAGAGUGUCAUCGGAGACUACCUGGCUCGUUUCAAGAACGACCGGGGGAAGGCGUUGAAGGCCAUGGAGGCCACUUGGAACAACAUGGAGAAGAAGGAGAAGUUGAUGUGGAUCAAGAAGGCGGCGGAGGAUCAGAAGCGAUACGAGAGGGAGCUGAGCGAGAUGCGGGCCCCUCCAUGCUCCACCAACUCCGCCAAGAAAAUGAAGUUCCAGGGAGAGCCGAAGAAACCUCCUAUGAACGGUUACCAGAAAUUCUCCCAGGAGCUGCUGUCGAACGGGGAGCUGAACCACCUCGCUGCCGGGGGGGGGCCGGACCCCCCCCCCCGGAGGGGGGGGAUGGUGGAGAUCGCCAGCCGCUGGCAACGCAUCUCCCAGGGCCAGAAGGACCACUACAAAAAACUGGCAGAGGAGCAGCAGAAACAGUACAAGGUGCACCUCGACAUCUGGCUCAAGAGCCUCUCACCCCAGGAGCGGGCUGCCUACAAGGAACACACUUCCAACAAACGCAAGAGCAUAGGGAAGAUCCGGGGCCCCAACCCCAAGAUGAAGCCAACGAUGCAGUCCAAGUCGGAGUCAGAGGACGACGAUGAGGAGGAAGAGGAGGAGGAAGAUGAUGACGAAGACGAGGACGACGACGACGACAACGGUGACUCGUCAGAGGAAGGCGGCGACUCCUCGGAGUCCAGCAGCGAGGAAGAGAGCGAGGAUGGGGACGAGAACGACGAGGAUGACGAGGACGAGGAUGAUGAGGAUGAGGAUGACAACGACUCGGAGGGCAGCAGCAGUUCCUCCUCCUCCUCGGGGGACUCCUCCGACUCCGACUCCAACUGA